AGCUUAUGAAUUAUUAAUGAUACGGCGCCAACUUUUCGACAUGGAGUUCCCUUGAGAGACGUUGCAAAGAAUUUUAUAAGUCCUAGGGCACGUUGCUUGUCGCCAAGUGACGCCCGUUAGAUCUCAUCUGGGCACUUCAGGACUCACGCUGGCCCAGUUCGCGACAAGAAAGCUGCCUGGGACUUUCCGCCUGGAUCCAUCCGCCUUGCACUGGCGACCUUCACGUCCAGCACCUAGGCAGAGCAGCCCUCAGUUCGUCGAGGGAUGCUGCUGACUUGCGGGCAUCCGAACUUUACGAUGUUCUUCAACCACCAGGCGGCUGCAAACAGCGUUAGAACUACCAGCCAAUAUUUCAAUAUUUGCGCCCGCCAUCUUGCUUUUUCGCGCCAGUCCUUCUCGAUCUUUCGAAAAUCGACGUCACAACAUGGCCGACAACUCCUGCACGGCUGUCAAAGCCAGCUUCUAACACUUUUGGACCAGUUCAAGAGAGGCUGACUGAACGUGAAUGGCAAGAUUUGCUGUAGGGGAAAAGCUAACAAAGUCCUUUUUCCUGAAAUUCGGCCGAAAAGAUAAUUGGUAAAGAUUAUGGCAUACAAGGAAGAUGACACUCUCUCAGAGCAAGACUUACAGUGUGGUUGCUGCUUUGAGUUGAUGGUAGAACCCACCACACUCACCUGCGGACAUAGCUUUUGUCGUUUCUGUCUAGCUCAGUGGUGGCAUGCGUCAAGUCAUUGCACAUGUCCAGAAUGUCGACAGCCUUGGUCAGGCUUUCCAAAAGUUAACAUUGUUUUAAGAAAGACCAUCAAAAUAUUGUUUCCAAAGGAAGUAGCGGAACGACAACUUUACCAAGAGACAUUACCGAAUUACAGAUCAGUUAUGUCCAAGUUUGAUGCACUGCAUAUUAAACCUACUCAGAGAUCUCUGAGCAGUCAUGGAGUGCAACAUGUGCGCUUUGGCUUUUCAAAAAUCAUAUUUAUUGUGCUGUCUAUUCUGGGGAUUGCCAUGUUUACGUUUCAAGUUUUGAGUCUGUUCAUGGGCCAUAAAGAUCCACUUGUCAAAAAAUCAGUGCUUAGAUGGAGUACGCAGGAUGUAGUCAAAUGGUUAGGAAGUCUGGGUGAUUGGGCUCAGGAAUAUGAUGAAAGAUUCCAAGCAGCAGGAAUUGAUGGUAACCUUUUGCUGUCGCUCUCAGAGUAUGACUUAGAAAUUCCUCCUCUCAGUAUUGCAGUUUCCUAUCACAGGCGUGCGCUAAUCAAGGAGCUUGAAACAUUAAAAACUCUGGGUAUCAAACCUCCAGCAGACCUCUGGGAGUAUAAGGCUGCUUAUCCUGUCCGUGCAAUGCUUCUGUUGUGGGGCUUACGCGAGUUUCCAAGGUUAACAGUUCUCUUCACAUUCUUUGUUUAUCACCAAGAGGUUUUUGUGCCUCUUUUACGCCACACAAGUGAAACUGAAAUUGAAGAAAGUCUAUAUGAGGGGAUCCUUCCUUCAGAGGAGUAUUUGCGAUUUGUUCUACGCCUCCUUUUGGUGCCAUAUUACCUGAUUGGAAAGUUUACAAUAAAGUGGCUGUUUCUCAAUUCCUGGGUCGGAUGUGUUGUUCUAAUCUACUGCAUCCUUAUGAGCCUGGUUGAGUGGUCCAAGCUAAAGUGGCUUUUAUUGAUGGGAGGUUGGAGGCAACUGCCAACAUUGUUUGCCGAGAUAGCAACAACUGCUCUAAUGAAUGGUUUAUUGCAGCUUUUCCUUUGGCAAUUUUUACCCUCUUUUAUUUGCAACAUUGCAUUUUACUGGAUGUUAUUUUUGGCACCAUACUCUGCCUGGCAUUGCUUUAAAGCUCAACUCUCUGAAGGAGAACGUGACAAUAAUCCAGCAAGAAACUUUCUUUUGUGGCUUUGGAGGAAGGCCAAGAUGAAGAUUCAACACUUACGCACACAAAGAUGAUUUUAAUUCUCACACUUGCUUGAUGUGUUUUUGACUUUUUAGUUUAGAGGUUAGCCUUUGUAAUGUUCCAAUAAGUUUAGAGUCUUGGUGUUAAUCCAUUUGUUUCUGUUUUUCAAGAAAUAUCCAGGCAUUAUAUUUACUGUGCAAAACUGCAUAUUAAGGAAGGUCAUUCUUCCAGUAGGAAAAGAACCUGAGCAUGAGAGACCAUAACAGACUAAUGCAGCAAGUGAGGCUUGAUUCAAUCUGACAUGUCUUACAAUUUCAUAUAAAAUUUACCACUAAUUAUUUGAAGGAAGGUGUGAGUUUAUUCUUUUCAUAAUAAUUAAAAUUAUUUUUAGCACUA